ACGCGAAUAGGCUGAAAAGUGGUUCACCGGAGUAUUUAAAUGUUUGUGGCGGAGCAUCUACGCUUCAAUUGAUGUUUUGACGUAGAGCGUUUGUUACGGCUGCAGACGACUACGAUUGCCGAAUCGUAACGAUCCAGUCGGUUUAGUGUCCAUAAAAGUUUUCACUUACGAUUGUGUGCUUCCGGGCCGAUAGCCCGUCUCUAAACAACGGCUACCUUACAGUCAGCGAUUGGGCUGGACAAUUUUGUUCCUUCACCAUGUUAUGGAUAUCCCACUGGCGGUUCUCCACAAAUGUAUGAUAUACCCGGUGUUGAAGAAGUGAAAAACGAAUUGACUCUUAGAAACUGUAGAGAAGUUUCAACGCCUGAUUUCACAGAUCUCAGUACUCCAGAGGUGUCGUUCGAUUUGCAAAACUUUAUCAACGAGAGCGCAGCGCAAACAACUUUAGAGGACAAUUUAUUCGAUUUGUUGCCCGAAAAGCAGCGUUGUUACAAUCCCAUUCAACAGGGAUCUACUAGAGCUCCAUUCGUUGGUUUCCCCAUGCCCCAACAAUCCAUUCAAGCCAACAGAUACGGUUCCGAAGCAGGAUCACUGGUCAAGCAAGAACCAGCAGAAGGUCACAAAUUAGAACUGUCGGAUAACGGUUCCUCUCAGUCCACAUACAAUAUAUUCAACUAUUCUCAGAACGAUAACCUGAUCAACCAUCAGAUCCUGGGUACCUAUACGCCUUCUGGUUACAAUCGGCCCGGCCUUUCCGGCAUCGAAGAGGCCGCUUCUCCGUCGCAUAAUGGACAACUAAAAUCUCCUACGUCGUCCAUUGGUUCUUCGUCCUCGAAAAAUAAGAAGAAAAACAUUGAUAAGAAUUCCGACGAAUACAGAAGAAGACGGGAAAGAAAUAAUAUAGCCGUCAGGAAGAGUCGAGAAAAGGCCAAACAACGUUCACGUGAUACGGAGCGACGUGUCUCCGAUUUGGCUAAAGAAAACGAUAAUUUGAGGAAACGGGUAGACACUCUGACUAAAGAACUAGCUUUCCUCAAAUCUCUGCUAGGUAAUGCAGGAAUAUCGCCACAGAACAUCGAAUCCGAAAUCGCCAAAGCUCUCCGUCAGGAAUCUUUCCGAUGAUUUCCGACUUGUUGAAAUCGCUUAUUGUGGACCAUUUUUAUCGUUAGUUUUGUCGGUAAUUUUUUAUUUUCAUAAAUUUUGUUGUUGUAGCAUUUUGUGUCUUUACGUCAUAGUUCGUCUGUUUCAUUUUCAUGAAAAAUCGCGGUUU